CGGGGCCCGUGACGUCGGCUGCGCGCGUGGCUCCGGCUGCGCAGGAACAGCUGGUGCUCGGAAGGCGGCCGGCGAGCGCACGGGCGUGGGGUGUGCUUGCUGGCCGGCGGGGCCACGCUGCGGGAGCGGCCGCGGCCGUCGCCGUCUUGCACCACUGCACCAUGUCCGGGCAGCUGGAGCAUUGCGAGCGCGAGUGGCACGAGCUGGAGGGAGAAUUUCAGGAAUUGCAGGAGACACACCGGGUCUACCGGCAGAAGCUGGAGGAGCUGACGGCCCUGCAGGCCUCGUGCAGUGGCUCCAUCAGCAAGCAGAAGAAGCGCCUCAAGGACCUGAAGCACACUCUGCAGAGGUACAAGCACCAUGCCAGUCAGGAGGAGGCGCAGCUGGUCCAGCAGAUGAGUGCCAACAUCAAGGAGAGACAGAAUGUCUUCUUCGACAUGGAGGCCUACCUACCCAAGAAGAACGGGCUAUACUUGAACUUGGUCCUCGGAAAUGUGAACGUGACCCUUCUCAGCAACCAGGCCAAAUUUGCCUACAAGGACGAGUACGAGAAGUUCAAGCUCUACCUGACCAUCAUCCUGCUCCUGGGUGCCGUGGCCUGUCGAUUUGUCCUGCACUACCGGGUGACGGAUGAAGUGUUCAACUUCCUGCUGGUCUGGUAUUAUUGCACCCUCACCAUCCGGGAGAGCAUUCUCAUCAGCAAUGGCUCCAGAAUCAAAGGCUGGUGGGUGUCUCAUCAUUAUGUUUCCACAUUCCUGUCUGGGGUGAUGCUGACCUGGCCUAACGGACUAAUCUACCAGAAGUUUCGGAACCAGUUUUUAGCAUUUUCCAUUUUUCAGAGCUGUGUCCAGUUCCUACAGUAUUACUAUCAGCGAGGCUGCCUGUACCGGCUGCGUGCCCUGGGCGAGAGGAAUCACCUGGAUCUCACCGUGGAAGGGUUCCAGUCCUGGAUGUGGCGGGGCCUCACCUUCCUGCUGCCAUUCCUGUUCUGUGGCCACUUCUGGCAGCUCUACAAUGCUGUGACACUGUUCGAGCUCUCCAGCCAUGAGGAAUGCAGAGAAUGGCAGGUAUUCGUACUGGCUCUCACCUUCCUUGUCCUCUUCCUGGGCAACUUCCUGACCACACUCAAAGUCGUGCAUGCCAAACUCCAGAAGAACAGAAACAAGAUGAAGCAGCCAUGACCUUCACUGGACUUUCUUGUUCCCUCGGCCGGGAGGCCACACUGCCUGGCUGGGGACAGCGCAGUGUUACCCCCAGCCUCCUAUUUAUGACAUAUUUAAUACUGGGCCUUUUGGCUUCCCUGGGCUCUGCAGCCUCCUUGCCACCCAUGGCUGUGGCCUGUCAGUCUUCCAGGGUGGGGCCUCACUAGUCUGCUGUUGGCUGUGUCCCGGGCCCGGGACUGCCCUGCCUCUGCUGUAAGCCCCCCGCCAUAUGGGGCCCCUUUGGGUCCCCAGAGAACCUCCGUCCACCUCAUCUUGCCUUUUGCUGCCUCCUUUGGUGGUCUGGGGCCAGGAGGGUGCCCCUGCCCCUGGGCUGAGGGGCCUCAGUCUGGGUGUACUUCUGGGGGCUUCCCACCCCAGCCCUCAGCACUGUGCCUGCAGACUGGGGUUAUAGGACGGA